AACUUGGAUAAGUUUCCUACACAUCCUAGUCGUCCCUAAUAUGUAUAAAUAUAUACAUAACAACUUUAAACAUCCAACUUAUCAUCUAAAAUGAAUCAAAGUCAGAAACAGGAGGAAAUUAUAGUCCCUGAAAAGGAGGUUCAACAGCUUCAGCAGUGCCUUCCAAAGGCGAACUUCAUCGGAAGCAAAAUUUGGAAAUACCAAGGUUACUGGUACCAUGACAAUCAUCUCCAAAAUGUCCUCGAGUUUCAAAGACACUUCCAAGCUCGAGACACUGAUCUCAUCAUUGGUAGCCUCCCUAAAACAGGCACCACUUGGUUGAAAUCCCUACUAUUUGCGGUUGUUAACCGUGUCAGCUACUCCGCAAAUCAUCACCAAAAUCCACUCCUUCAAAAUCAUCCUCAUGAGCUUGUGUACAGCUUGGAGACUGAUGUCUAUAAUAAGGCCUUUGUUUAUCCUCGUCCACAUCACCUUAAUGAGCUUUCCUCACCGAGACUUUUGAGCACACACCUACCCUAUGUGUCACUUCCUGAAUCUAUUCAGACUUCUGGGUGUCGGAUUUUGUACAUCACCCGAAAUCCCUUGGACACACUUGUUUCUCUAUAUUAUUUUUCCAUAAAAGUGAUGAAGAACUACUUUUCCACGGAUAUAUUGAAGAUGAUACUUGGUAUGUUUUACCCUACUCCUACCAUGCAGGAUUUCUUUGAAGCUUUUUGUGAGGAUAGAAUCCCUUUUGGGCCAUUCUUCGAUCAUGCUGUCGGAUAUUGGAAGGCAAGUUUAGAACACUCUGACAAGGUGCUAUUCCUCAAGUAUGAGGAAUUGAAGGAUGAUCCCACAGUUCAGCUGAAAAGAUUGGCUGAAUUUGUGGGUAUGCCAUUUACUUCCCAAGAGGAAAGUGAUGGUGUCAUACAGAAAAUUAUAGAGAUGUGUAGCAUCAAGAGUAUGAAAGAAUUGGAGGUUAACAAGAGUGGUGUAAUUAACAAGUUGUUUGACAAAGACUCGUACUUCAGGAAAGGCGAGGUGGGGGACUGGACUCAUCAUUUCACACCUCCCAUGGUGGAGAGGAUGAAGAAACUAAUGGAUGAAAAACUUGAAGGCACUGGUUUAUCCUAUAAAUUAACUUCCUGAUAUCAAUUCUUAAUUUACUUCAAUAAUUGUCCUGUAUUUUUUCUUUUCUUUUUUUUCAAAUUUCCUGGGGUCUUAUUCCUACUAUUUUAUAUGAAAUUCUCUAAUAAUGUA